AUGGCACAUCAUCAUAAUGUGCCGUUAGGUUUCCGUUUCCACCCCACUGAUCAAGAGAUUGUGGGUUCCUUUCUCCACACUUUGUUGGUUCAGAGAAAGCCUUUGAUGCCGCCGUACAGCAACUUCAUCCGUGCCUGCGAUCUCUUCGGCAAAAAGUUGGAGCCUUCGGAGAUUUGGAACAAGUACGGAGGGCCUCAACUUGUUGAUCAAGACUUAUAUUUCCUUUCCGGGCUCAAAAAGUUAACCACGAAGCGCAUGGAUCGUAGCAUUGGCCACGGCGGUACCUGGAGUGAAACUGAAUCCUUCAAACUCAUUAAGGACGACAAUGGAAAUUCGAACCCCAUUGGCAGAAAACGAAAAUUCCGCUAUGAGAAUAAAGGGUCCGAGGAGCACACAUGGUGGUUACUGGAUGAAUAUAGUCUUUUUGUUGGUCCCAAGAAUGACUACAAUGAUCGUAGUUACGAUUUCGAUUUCGUGAUUUGCCGAAUGAGGAAGAACGAUAGGGCCUCGAGUAAGGAAAUAAAUUUAAUUCGUUCAUCACGAGGUCAAGUACAAAAGAAGAGGAGCACAAAUAAAAAGAUGAAAAAAGAUGAUCAAAUGGGAUCAACUGAAGAAUCAUCAUCACAUGUACAACAAGGCUACUCUUCUAGUCUAACUGGUGGUGAACUUGUGGUCUCUUAUGAUAAUGUUGAUCCGAUUGAUCUGACAUUCUUCGAGGACAAUCCUAUCUUCAACAUUGAACAAAUACUUUGUGAAACCAAAGUAGAGGAUGCUUGCAGCCCAAGUAACUCUGAGAAUGUUGAUAACAGCUACUCUAAAUGGACUGAAUCAUAUAUGGAAGAGCUCAUGGCUUGUAUCUAG